UCGUGUUUGAAACCCCACAUAUUUCCCCACACACACACGUAAUUUAAUUCUUACAAAAUCACACACAUUGAAAAAAAAAAAAAAAAUAUAUACCUGCGUGACAAGGGGAAUAAAAGUAGAAAAAAAAAAAAAAAAAAAAUUGGUGGGAGAAAUUCGCGUUACUCGGAGCGAAGAGACGCCAGUUGCACUUGCCCCCUUGGCCCACUGUUGUAUUGUUCGACUUGCGACCGACCACGCCCGACGCCGGCGUGCGUUAACAGUUUUAUCAACAUUAUUUAAAAAAAAAAAAACAAUUAUAUUGUUUAAACAAAUUAAAAUACAUCCACGUCUUAGUACGUUUAUCAAUUAAUUUGUGUUGUAUUUCCAUCAAACAACAACAACAAUUUAGUGAAUCAAAUUUUGUGUGUUUAAAAAAAAAACAUCAAUUGUGUAUUAAUAAUAUUAAUUUUAGUGAGAGGAUAAGUCAUCAAACAUGGUGGCUGGAUCAAAGAUGAUGAAUGUGAGGGUAACAACGAUGGAUGCCGAGCUGGAAUUUGCAAUCCAGCAGGCAACAACUGGCAAACAAUUAUUUGAUCAAGUUGUCAAAACAAUUGGUCUACGUGAAGUAUGGUUCUUUGGUCUUCAGUAUACUGACAUCAAGGGUGAUCUAACAUGGAUCAAGCUUUACAAAAAGGUAAUGAGUCAAGAAGUUAAAAAAGAAAAUCCACUUCAAUUUAAAUUCCGUGCCAAAUUUUAUCCUGAGGAUGUUGCUGAAGAACUCAUACAAGAUAUUACUCUGCGAUUAUUUUAUCUUCAGGUAAAAAAUGCAAUUUUAACUGAUGAAAUAUAUUGUCCACCUGAAACAUCAGUUUUAUUGGCAUCAUAUGCAGUACAAGCAAGACAUGGUGAUUUUCAAAAGGCUCUUCAUGUAGCUGGUUUUUUGUCAAAUGAUCGUCUUCUUCCUCAGCGUGUUAUGGAUCAACAUAAAAUGAGCAAAGACGAAUGGGAAAGUUCAAUAACAACAUGGUGGCAAGAACAUCGUGGUAUGUUACGUGAAGAUGCCAUGAUGGAGUAUUUAAAAAUUGCUCAGGAUUUAGAAAUGUAUGGAGUUAAUUAUUUUGAAAUAAGAAAUAAAAAAGGAACAGAAUUAUGGCUUGGUGUUGAUGCACUUGGUUUAAAUAUUUAUGAAAAAGAUGAUAAAUUAACACCAAAAAUUGGUUUUCCAUGGUCUGAAAUACGUAACAUAUCAUUUAAUGAUAAAAAAUUUAUAAUUAAACCAAUUGAUAAAAAAGCACCAGAUUUUGUAUUUUUUGCACCACGUGUUAAGAUUAAUAAAAGAAUAUUAGCAUUGUGUAUGGGCAAUCAUGAAUUGUAUAUGCGUAGACGUAAACCAGAUACAAUUGAUGUACAACAAAUGAAAGCACAAGCACGUGAUGAAAAAAUUGCAAAACAACAACAACGUGAAAAAUUACAAUUAGAAAUUGAAGCUAGAGAAAGAGCUGAAAAAAAACAACAAGAAUAUGAAAAAAAAUUAAGAAGUAUGACUGAAGAAAUGGAAAGGCGGCAAGAUGAAUUAAAUAAAGCUCAAGAAAUGAUUAGACGUCUUGAAGAACAACUUAAACAACUUCAAGUUGCUAAAGAAGAACUUGAAAAUCGUCAAAUGGAAUUAACAGCAAUGAUGGAAAAACUUGAACGUUCACAUGAAAUGGAAGCUGCUGAACGUGCUAAAUUAGAACAAGAAAUACGUGCUAAACAAGAAGAAGUUUUACGUAUACAAUCUGAAGUUGAAGCUAAAGAUACUGAGGCAAGAAGAUUACAAGAAGAAGUUGAAGAAGCCAGACUUCGACAAGAAGAAGCUGAUAAAGCAUUCCAAGCAAGUACAACUCCAUCUCAUCAUCAUGUUAAAGAAAAUGAAGAAUGUGAAGAAGAAGGUGAUGAUGAAGUACCAAUGGGUGAUGUUACAAAAGAUCUUGCAACUGAUGAAACAAUCAUUGAUCCAAUUGAAGAACGUAGAACACAUGCUGAAAGAAAUGAACGUCUUCAUGAUCAACUCAAGGUAUUGAAAGAAGAUCUUGCUCAAUCUCGUGAUGAAACAAAAGAAACAGUUAUGGAUAAAAUCCAUCGAGAAAAUGUUCGUCAAGGUCGUGACAAAUACAAGACACUUCGUGAAAUUCGUAAAGGCAACACUAAACGUCGUGUUGAUCAAUUUGAAAACAUGUAAAUGUCAAAUAACAAAACAAAAAAAAAAAAAAACAGAAACAAAAAAGAUACAAUCUUUUUUAAUUUUAAUCUCUGUUUUAAAAUCGAUCUAGCAUGUUUUUUUAUCUUUUUUUUUUUUUGUAUUAAUACAAUUUAAAAAACAGAGGUCAAUUAUUAAAAACAAAAAAAAAAAAAAAUCAUAUAAUAACCAAACUCAAAUGAAAAAAUAAUAAAAAAAAAAAAAAUAGUAAUUUUUAUUUUCCUAAUAAAAAAUGAAUAAUAAACUUGAUUUAUUAUAUUAAUAAUAUUAAAUUCUAUCGUGGGAAAAAUAAUAAUAAUUUAACAUCGCAUAUCAGAGAAUAAAAUAAGCAAACUUAAUUAAUAAAAAUUAUUCAAUGAGAUUUUUUUACAUCUCAAUUAGUCUGCCCGGUUGUUUUUUAAUUAUUUUCAAGUCUUUUAAAAAAUAUAAUAAUUUAAUAUCCAUUUAUUUGUUUAAAGAAAACUCAAUGAAAAAAAGUCCAAUAAAAAUGAUAAAAACAUGUAAAUUAUUUUAAAAAACAUCACUUAAUUUUUUUAUUAUUUUCUUGAAAUAUACUCUGAUAAUUUGUUGAUUGUUGGCUAAUUAAAAAUAUGCCCUGGCAGGCCUGCCUUGAACUAUAAACAAAAAAGUAAAUAAUAAAGCUUAAAUUUUAUAAGAAAAAUAAAAUAAAAUAAAAAAAAACGUGGCCUUUUUAGUGGGUAAUUAGUUAUAGCUUAGGGACUAAUCCACCCGGUGGUGGUAAUGUCUUAAUUUUUAUUUUGUUUAUUUUUUUUUUCCCAAAUAUUUUUUGAAAUAUAUAUUUUUUUUUUCUCAUGAUAUUCCAUGGUCAAUAGACAACUUGUUGAGUAUAAAAGCGAGCAUGAAUGUAAAUGCAAAAGCUGAAUGUUACAAUUGUACUUUAAUGGUUUCAAUUGAAGCCAAAUAAUUAUUUUUUAAUAAAAUAUAAUAUUACAUUGAAUAGUUA